AUGAAUGACAGGUGAGCACGCACUCUCAGUUUUCAGUUCAGAAAUCUUGCAGAAUUGCACCGGAAAGUCGAACGUUGGCAAUAAGAAAAGCGUGGGCAUGUUCGGAGCGAGCUGAGUUCCAAUUAGCACCAAUCUUCCGCAUCCAAAAGUGAGAAUUUUGCAAGUUUGCAGUUUUAUUCAAUUUUUUUCAGGAACUCGUCGGUCUCAAACCUGACUUUUUGCUAAAAGAGUGGGUUGCCGAGUUGCCGAACUCAAUAAAGACGCAAGGAGGGCUACUGGACACAGAGCUCAAAGACGCACUCAAAAGCGUGUCGAUUGAGAAGACGGAACAUCUGGAGAACAUUGAAUUCGUGCGGCGUCGACUGCCAAUUCGCAAUGAAAGAGGUGUGAGAUUCCCGUUAUUCUGUCAAACUUUUAGAGUUUUUUUUGCAGAGGUUGGAUCGGCUGUGACAGUGACUGGAAAAAGGGAUUCUCGACGUGUUCCCUCGUGAAUUCCGAUCAUAGAACCGCGUUUUUCAACGGAAAUAUUUCGACAAGAAUACGUAAAUGCCAAACAAGGUACGAGAAGGCGAAGUACGAGAAGGCAAAGCAGAUAGGAGUCGAAGAAAUGAGGGCCGUCGAGACGGCCGCCGCCGCUGAAGUGAGUUCGCUAUUCUAGAACAUGAUUUGAAGCAUUUCUGAUUUGUAGACUGUGUCGGCCCAAAACAUGACUUCUAAAUCGUGACUUUUUGUAAUUUUGAGAAUUAGUCAUCUAGAAUUAACAUCUCUGUUGCCUAGAACAAUUAUCUGAAAUUAGAUUUGUACGGGUAAGAUUUUAAUUAGUUGGAAAGGAAAUCGAGUUCCUAACACAAAUGGAAAAAAAUUGUUUUAUUCAGAGAAAAGCCCUGAUGGAGAAAUUCAACAUCGAGGAGGAUAGGCGGAAUUCAAUUUUGGAUGCCGUCAGGUGGACGGAAAACUGAUGGUCGAGGCUGCCGAAAAGGUUUUUAUCCGUGGUGUUUUUAAGAAGUUCUUUGUUUGAUUUAGAAAAACGAUGAUAUCCAAAAAGAGCGUCCAGAAUUCGUUCGAGAAUACAAUCGGCAAAUGGAUAUAAUGCAAUAGGCUCACGACGCGGAAAUUCGGGCGGCCGCUGAAGAGAACGCACGGAUGCUCACGUAAUUGCAUUGUGUAGGACAUUUCGAAAUAAUUGAUAAUAUUGCAGCGCUCAGCGAAAAAACGAAUAUAAAAGUUCGUUGGCUGAUACGUUAAAUUUGUGCGCGAUGAGUGCAAUGUGUUCGACGGUAGAUGCCGAUCGCCAACUGGUCGACUAUUUCAAUAAAAGUUUGCGCGAGAAACAGUUUGGAGUGGAUCAAGAAAAUCGAGGACAGGCCGGAAUGGGCCUUGGAGGGACCGAAGGAUUUCGAGGAUCUUUCCGUCGCCCUCAACCGGAGGACCUGAAGUGGAAGCAGGUCACUGUCGAACUGAUUCCCGCUGUUGAGGUUACUGUCGGUGGUGUGAGCAGCCAAAAUAAGUUAUGAGUUUCAGAGAAAAAAUGUGACAGAGGUGAGGGCGAUCCGGGGUGCUGUGGAGACGUUGAGCCAAGAAACGGAUAAUGCGAUCGAGAAGAUUGACGAUGAUCAGAUGGAUAAAGAAGACGAAUUGCAGAAGAUGUUGGAGCAUUAA